UCCUGUACUUCAAUGUGAAAUGUUUAUUUAUUUAUUUUUUAUACAAGCUUCGAAGCUUCGGUGUUGAACCUAGCUUCAUUUAAGCGAGCAACACAAUACAUAUAUUAAAUAUGGCACAAUCCAGAGGGAAAGUGACGGUCGAGCUGGAACUGAAACGCGAAUAUCCAUCUGAUGAUGAAAACCCCACACUAAAUGAGUCUAAUAUUCCAGCACGGCCAGAGUCACCAACACAGUCACUAGAUUUAAACAAUUCAUUGGCAUCUGAACAGAAAAACUGCACUGCGCAGUGGUCCAUCAAGGAUGGCUGUGAGGAGGAUGGUGAUGAGAUUUGUCCGAUAAAAAUAGGGAGUCUAUGGGGGCCACAGAUGUCCCCCUGUGGUCCUAGGUGUGGAAAGAAGUGUUCAGAGAAGAUCCCAUAUGUUAGAAGAAAAGAAAUAUUUGACAUAUAUCAGGACAUGUCACACAGCGAAAAGUGGACUUUUGUAUCCCACACUGUUACUCAGUCAUUGAAGAAGCGUCUCACAACAGAUGGUCCCAGCAGGCGUAGCAAAACAUUUCAGUAUCAUCUAAAUAAUAGCCUUGGGGAACCACAAGAUGUGUGCAAACCAUUCUAUUUAACAACAUUAGGCUACCACCCAAAAAAUGACAGAGUGAUCAUCAGUGUGAUUGGCAACCCAUCCGCUACCCAUCCACCUCAAGAUCGCAGAGGACGACAUCCACCUGCCAAUAAAUUGGAUCUAUCCCUUAUUCGUGAACACAUUGAAUCUUUCAAUCCUACAGUCAGUGCACAUACCCCAAACAGAAGACAUUUACCGAGCAGUGUAAGCAUUAUGAAGAUGUAUAAAGAUUUUAAAAGCAAAAGUACCACCCCCUGUUCAUAUGAAACCUACAGAAAAGCCAUCAGAGACAUGAAUAUAAGCUUCACAAAACUGGGUGAGGAGGAGAAAUUCAAGAAAGAUAUCCACGGGAAGGCUGGCCAACAGUAGCAAGCAUGGGGUGUGUGCUGUCAGACUGCCCUACAUGUAAAAAGUGGGAGCACAAAUAAGAGCCAACAAAUUCAAGCGUCAUUACCAACUGGAUGUAGUAGUAAAUCUGAAACAGGUUCCCAUCCAUUGUGUUGACCUCCAGAAAGGCUGCCGUGAAUGCCAGGAGUGAAGAUGGGCGCUCUCACAAAGCGCAUACUGGCCUAUCACGAGACAUUUGCCAAGCUUGGCAAAAAGAUGAUGUUAAAGAAGAAAAGGAUCUGCUGGAAGGGAUGCUGAAUAGGUGACAUCAGCGUAUGUCCAUCCAGAGUAUAUCGGCCCCCCAAAAAGUACAUCAAUGCCCUCGACUUUGACAUAGUACUUUUUUUUUUUUAAGUAAUUUUUCUUUUUAUUGAAAUGUAUUGAAAGUAAAAAAAAUAUAUAUUUAGCAUUAUGGACACAUUCAAACUGCAUAUUCAAAAAAAUUGUUUA